UACAGUUUAAUUACUGUUCUUUGAUGAGCAGCAAGCGGUGGUUGCAGGAGGGCUUCUCCUCGAAUUACCAGGAAAGGUACUUACCCGCACGUCCGCAGCAUCAAAAUCUAAAAUUUCGCGAAAGCCUCGCAACUGCCCGCAGCCUCCGACGCUCAAAUCCCAAAUCGAUACGAUUUUACCCUAACCCUAAAACCCUCUCACUCUCCCUCCAAUGGCGGAGGAAGAAAGAGAAUCUAACUCCAACAGAGAUCAAAACCCUAGAAAGGCCAAGAACCCCAAAGACCACCUCCCUUCUCUCUCCAACUGCCAAAGCUGCAGUCGCCAUUUCGCCCCUAAACCCCAAACCCUAACCAGCCUCAAACCCCUCGACAGCCAAUGGCGGAUCGUCCUCCUCUGCAACGAGUGCCUCCGCCUUGUUAAAUCCGGCGCCAAAUGCUCCUACUGCUUCUCGGAGAUUCUCAAGCCGGAGUCUUUCGUUUGUGUCGAUUGCUGUCCGCUGCCGCCGUUUCGGAGUAAGUGCCCUAGGACUCUUUUUACUAAAUUUGCUGCUGAGGAAUUGAUGCAAGAGGCUGCCACUGCAAAGGAGAAGGCUUUGAAGAAAGCUAUGGACGGUGUUAGUAGCGUGGUGGUCGAUCCUGUUGUCAGAGAUGAAGAUUUGGCUCUGCAGUUGCAUCUGGCGAUGAAUGGGUCACGAAGGAUCUCGAGAAGUAGCAGAUCGAUGAGUUUGGAUCGAUCUCUGGCGGCCAAGAAGAUCAAACAGUAUAAUGGGUGCACAGAGAAGGUUGAAUUUUGUGGAGACGAUAAGGGAUUUCUUGAUUCUUGCGACUCUUCUGCUGAUUUGAGUAAGGAGCUCAAGAAGGAAAAUAAUGGGUGUAAUAGCAAUGAAACGUCGGUGAAGGAGGAGCAAGGGAGUUGUUCUGAUAAGGUUGAUAGUUCUAGUGAAGAUCAUAGAAAGACUGAUGUGUGGAUAACGUAUCAGAGAGGAAGCAAGUCAAAAGGAGUAGGUUGUCAAGGGAAAUCCCCUGAGAAGAACAAGCAAAUGUUGAAUGGCAUGGGUGUUGGAGAAAUUUGCUCGGAAUCACAACAAAUAAGCGGGAGCCAUUCACUAGAUCGAUAUGCAAUGAAAUAUAUUAAGAGGAAGCCAAUUUUGAAAAAUGUAUCACAUGAGGGAAAUGAUUUUAACAAACAAGCCACUUAAUGUGACCAUCUUCCAAUACAAUGCUCCACUGUCAAGGAUGUCAGGGUGACAAUUUUGGUUAAGAGAGAUGCCUUCCAAGUUACAACCUUGUAUGGAUAUGUGAGUGGAGCAGGACCAUGACAAAAUGUCGAAAAGGAGUGGACAACUGAAGGAGAGCAAAAAGGACGAUCUUCAUUAAAGAUUAAUGAAUAUUCAGUGGGAUGCUGCUAUUUGCAUUAGGAUAACAGUUCAAAUGCGAGCCGGGCAUGUCUGCCUGAGGAAAUUCUUCACUGUUUGCAGUGAUAUUGCACUCUGCAUGGUCCAUCGAAUCCAAACCUGGUUAGCACUAGCUUUUAUUUCUUUUAUCUUUUCUUAAUUUAAAUACUGAUAUCCAACAAUUACAUAAUUGUUAUCUGUACUCUCUACUUUUUCCCUAAUAGGCUUGUUUACACAAAACUCACAGAACUAGCACAGCAUAAACGGCAUAUCAAAUUCCUUAAUAGAGGAUUCAAACUUAUCCGUAAAUUCCAACACAUCAUAACUAAAAUAGUGACAAACUAUUGGUUAAAACUUAGCUAUAUGCUUGCCGGAAUUAAAUGGUACUCCAAAUGACAAAUGAACAAGACGUGCAAACUAACAAGCUUGAAAUAGUUGAAGAAUCAGAAAGUCUAUCCUACCACUUCACUUCCUCUUUUGUUAGUCUAAUUUGUCUUGUGGUAGCAGUUGUGGCUGUAUCACACUCACAUCCAAUCUUGUUCCUCUCCAACUCUGUAAGUAGCUUCACAACAAAAAAUGUUAUUUGAGCCAUCUCUUUGGAUCCCAUCUAACUUAUUUAUUCCUUCUGGUCUUCAUAUUUGUACUGCACAGCUUCGUCCCUUAGUUAACAUUGAACCCAUCUGAUUCGAAUUCUAUGUGAGCAACCGGAUUCCGUAGAUAGUGUAGAACGCAGACCAUCAAAUUGAUUGGCUAGCAAGAGUCCAUGUCAGUUUGUGCUGGUGGAUAGUGGGUCUUAUUAGCACAAUCUCACAUGGUUCUAUAACCACAUACCCCAGUGGUUUGCAUCAGUAUACCUGGUUUUUGCAAAUAAGGAAGAGCACAAAGAUUAAUUUCCUACCCGUGUAAAAAAACAUCAAUUUUAGAAUUUUUACGGAGUAACAAGUAAGGAAAAAGUUGGCUAAUCAAGAAUAUUUCCCGCACACACUAAUUGCAAAGAAAGCUUGGUUGGGACCACUAUUUUUAUGUCCAGCUUGUUCUCUUUGCUUAUUUGGCCAUUAGCUUAAUGUUAGCUGCACAACAAUCAUAAAAUUGAAGAUCUUUUUUUGAGAUAUUGUUUUUUCUUCCAACUUGUUCACACCAUAAACCUACCGGGUCGUAAAAGUUGGGAUAAAAGAUUUGGGCUCCUGUCUUUGGAGAGUGAUGAAAAUCAUCUUAAGGAGUCUUUUGUUUACACAGAAAAUUUCAAGUGCAACUGUAAUUAUUGUUACGGUUGCAUAUAUUUUUCACUACUACUGCAGCUGUAGCUGUAGUUGUAGCUUUUUUCAUUGCAACUGUAUUUUAAAUACGUGUCAAAUUGAUUGCAAGACAUUUUUAUUGAAAAUAGCUCAUUUUUUAUUUUUUAUAAUUAUAAUUGUGAAAAAACUUCAAUUACAACAAAACAAACAAUCAAAUUUCAAAUGUGACUAUGGUGUAAAUUAUAACUGCACCCACUGUAGUCAUCUGACAACCAAACAACCCAGUGUGUGAUCACAACUAGAAAAGUAAUUAAUCAUUGAUGGUAAAAACUUAAUCAUCGAACUAUUUUUAAUUGUUCAGUUGAUGUAUUUCUAGGUUUCACAUUACUAACUUUACUCGAGUGCUGCUAGCUGAUACAAACUUACGUUAGUAUUUCAACCGGUAAAUAUCACCAUUAUAUUGUCCAUUUUAAUGUUUUUUAGCCUAUUGCCAACUAAUGUUUCAUGUUAUGCGCGCGUGAGAGAAAAGAGAAAAUCAAUGAGCAAAAAAGCUAACUAUCACAUGUUUGUUAACAGGUACAAUUUUCAACUUGAGUCUCAUUAUUUUGUCAACCAUUAAUUAACUUGAAUUUUUUUGUUUUUCACCUCUUCUUAGUGUUUUGGGUUUGAAGUAUUGGUGGAUACCAAUUCAUAUUGGCCAUAUCAUUUCGGAGUUAAGUAUAUGCCUGUCAGAUCCGGGAGAGGAAGGUGAAACACCUGCCUUAGUAUUUGGCAAGAAUCAGCAAUGUAGUUUUAGGCUAUGCUAGAAUAAAGAGUAGAAUAAAAGAGAGACUGAUCUCUCUUUUUGCAGAAGAAAGACUACUCCAAAAUGCUUGUUGCCAGAGGUGGCACAUUUUGCAGAGAAAUAAAGCUGUUCUCUUUUAUUGUAAACGCAUAAUGUUUGUCGGUGUAGCGUUAGAAAGAGUCGGAAGAGGCAUUGUUUGUUGUGGCCAGUUUUCUUGUUGCACUUCCAUUUCAGUAUAUAUACAUAUACUGGAUAAUAUCACUAUCUAAUUCUACUUUUGAGUA